AUGGCCCGCGGCGAAGUUUAUGUGGGGCAACGCCGCAGCUAUGCUGGUGCACUAUGUACUGUGCGUUAUCAUGGUCCUCUUUCCAAUACGAAGGGCGAAUGGCUGGGAGUCGAAUGGGAUGAUCCCAGCCGUGGCAAACACAAUGGCCAGCACGAAGGUCAACAGAUCUUCCAAUGUCUUUCGUCCUCACCGACUGCUGCCUCGUUCGUGAGGCCUUCCCGCAAUCCUGACCCGGAACGGACGCUUCUCGAGGCGGUCAAGUUCAAAUAUGCACCUGUCAGCAGUUCAGGUGUUAAUGCCACCGUCAGCAGCGCCGCGGACGAUAUGAUCGAGAUAUCAGGAAAGGUGGUAGAAGAAGUCGGGUUUGAGCGGAUUCAGAAGCAAUUAUCUGUCCUGACCGAUCUCAAGAUUGUCCUGGUCGAUGAGUUGGUGGUCUCAGGCAUCGCUCGACGUGGCGCUUCCAAACAGCACAUUCGCAAUGCACAGCUCGAAGUCGAACGCACAUGUCCAAACAUUGUUGAACUUGACUUGGGUUGGAACGUCAUUGAAACCUGGCGAGAUAUUGUGGACAUGUGCAUUCCCUUUCGGAAAUUGAAGAUCUUGAAGGCUGGCGGACUGCGCUUACGGGACUUCGAGGUCGACCAUUCGCAGGAAGCAUGUCCGUUUCAGAAUGUCGAGGAGUUGCAUCUAAACGAGGGUCUUCUCACUCCAGGGCAGAUCCUCAACAUUCUCUUCUCCCAAGGGCAAUGUGGCUUUCCCUCUCUGAAGACGAUAUCACUAUCACUGAACGAGCUGGGUUCGUUUGAGAUAAAUGGCGCCACAGUGGCGUCCCAAUGUCCUGCUUUAACGACGUUAAUUCUCGACAACAACCGAUUUACAGAUUUAUCCUCUUUACCCGUUCUCUUCUCAUUAUUUCCCAACAUCAAGACGCUUUCGUUCCAAGGAAAUACUAUCUCGAAUCUGGGCCUCGACUCUUGUAGCUCUUCUACUUCGAGCAUCUCGAAACUCGAAACCCUGAAUCUGGCCCACAACCAAAUCCGAGACUACUCAUUCGUCAACAGUCUUCCGGAUCUGUUUCCCAAUCUCACUUCGCUACGCAUCUCACGGAAUCCAUUGUACGAACAAUCCACCACUUCGGACGAGGCUCAAAGUACCAUUUCGGAUUCUACUUCAUACUAUCUGACCCUCGCGCGGAUCCCUCAUCUGAAAUCUCUGAAUUAUACGACCAUCACACCGCGGGAUAGGGAAGAAGGCGAGAUCUAUUACCUAUCAGUCGCAGAGAAGGAACUGCGAUCGCUACUGCAAAGAAAUACAGCCAGGCUGCCACUAGACCAGGCGUCUGAAGCGCCAUCCAGUCUUUCGCUGCAGGAAACGAUCACGCUAGCCCGCAAAAGCCACCCGCUCUACUCUAGUCUCUGCCAAAAGUACGAUCGUGAGGAUAUCCUUUGCCUGUAUCUCCAACAACAAGAGUACGCAAACCGCUCUUCAAAUGUCUCCCAGGAGAAGUCCGACUUUGAGGAUUAUGCGCCCGGUAUGCUCGGCUCCCGGCUCGUGGACGCCUACUUCUAUAUCCCUCUCACUCACGCCUCUACCCCCACGAUGGUGAAGCCAUUCCAACGCCUCCUCCCGACAACAAUAUCGGUGUACCGCCUGAAGUCUCUCCUGGCCCGGCACUUCAACCUUCUGCCGCUACGGUUCAGAUUAAUUUACGAGUCGCAUGAAUACGACCCGGUCGAACCGAUUUCGAGCACGAGGAACCCGGCUGCCGGAACUGGCGAGGCCAAAGAUGCCUGGGAUGCGUGGGGCGAGUGGGAUGUCGACGAGGACAAGAACGAGGAUGGUGACAACGAUGGCAGCGGCAGCAACAGGAGCAGCAACGGUAAUGGUGACGGUGAUUGUCAAGGCGAUGGAGGGGUCUCCCCAAGCCAAGAGAAACGUGUCAGCCAUCUAUCCACGGCUGACCGUGAAAACCUUCUGGACGGAGAAACCCAACCCACGACGGUUUCUAUGCCCAUGUACAUCACACGCGAGGGCCACCGGUUCAAGAAGCGCGAGACUGAGGUCCUCGACGGAAUGCGCCCUUGGGGAGACUUCUUGGACCUGGAUACCGGCCACGGCCACAGUCACAGCCACAGUCAUGAUUUGGACCUGCAAGGCGCACAUGCCGGCCAGUGGAGUAGUAGUAGGAGGAGGAAGAGAGAGGUGAAGGUUCGUGUUGAACCCCAUGUUACCAUAUGA